AUGGUCAACAAGACCUUAAAUUACUGGGGUCCCGGUUUUGAGGAGGACGUUAUCAACAUCAACGUGGGCGGUCUGAGGAGGCGGCUCAGCUCCAGCGCGCUCUCCAAGUUCCCCGACACGCGCCUGGGACGGCUGCUCUCCUGCGACUCGGAGGAGUCCAUCCUGCAGCUCUGCGAUGACUACGACGUGAGCGCCAGGGAGUUCUACUUCGACCGAAACCCCGGAUUCUUCCUCUACGUCCUGCACUUCUACCAGACGGGCAAGCUGCACGUCAUGGAGGAGCUGUGCGUCUUCUCCUUCUGCCAGGAGAUCGAGUACUGGGGCAUCAAUGAAUUCUUCCUGGACUCCUGCUGCAGCUACCGCUACCACGAGCGCAAGCUGGAGAGCCGGCACCACAACUGGGAUGAGGAGAGCGAGGUGAGCAGCGUGGACACGUCUCCUGAUGAGAUCUCUGACAUCAACCACGACCUGCUGCGCUACAGCACGCUGCGCUGCGGCAACCUGCGCAAGCGCCUCUGGCUCACCAUGGAGAACCCCGGCUACUCCAUCCCCAGCAAGCUCUUCAGCUUCGUGUCCAUCAGCGUGGUGCUGGUGUCCAUAGCCACCAUGUGCAUCCACAGCAUGCCCGAGUACCAGGAGGUGGAUGAGAAUGGCAACGUGCUCGAUGAACCCAUCCUGCACAAGCUGGAGUAUUUCUGCAUCUCCUGGUUCACCUUUGAAGUAUCCUCCCGCCUCCUGCUCUCACCCAACCCCAGGAAGUUCUUCAAGCACCCGCUGAACCUGAUUGACAUUGUCUCAGUGUUGCCCUUCUACUUCACCCUCCUGGUGGACGUGACCAUGGGCAGUGACUCGGAGCUGGGCAACCUGGGCAAGGUCGUGCAGGUGUUUCGGCUCAUGAGGAUAUUCCGGGUGCUGAAGCUGGCUCGGCACUCCACUGGACUGAGGUCACUGGGGGCCACCUUGAAGCACAGCUACAGGGAGGUGGGGAUCCUGCUGCUCUACCUGGCUGUGGGGGUCUCGGUCUUCUCUGGAGUGGCCUACACUGCUGAGAAGGAGGAAGACGUCGGCUUCGACACCAUCCCAGCGUGCUGGUGGUGGGGCACGGUCAGCAUGACCACCGUGGGCUACGGGGACGUGGUGCCCGUCACCGUGGCAGGGAAGCUGGCGGCCUCGGGCUGCAUCCUGGGGGGCAUCCUGGUGGUGGCACUGCCCAUCACCAUCAUCUUCAACAAGUUCUCCCACUUCUACCGCAAGCAGAAGGCGCUGGAGGCGGCCGUGAGGAACAGCGGCAAGGAGGAGCCCGAGGAGGUGGGGAGCGCCUCCAGCCGCGACCGGGACUCGGUGAGCGACACCUCCCUGGACAGGGGCAGCCCUGACCGCCGUGGUCUGACCCCCGGUGCCCACCCCAGCCCCUGA